AUGUUCCGGUCAGGUCCAUAUGAUCGUAAUUAUGAAUCUAGAGGAGGUCCAUAUCCGCAUUCUGUUACAUAUCCUCCAUCUCAUAUACAUUCUAGUUUAGACAGUUAUAGUAACUCUAGUAAUGGGUAUCGUGCUCAUCCUGGUUCACUCGAUGAUCCUACUGCAGAGGCAUAUGUAUCAAGGACAUUAUAUCUGUGUAAACUGCCGUAUGAUAUGACAGAAGAGGCAGUUCGCGAAUUAUGUGAACCUUUUGGUGACUUAAAGAAAGUAGCAGUAUAUCCUCAAAAAGGCAUAGCUUUUGUCGAAUACUUUGAUAUAAGAAAGGCUGAGGUUGCGAGAAAUACACUAAAGAAUUCCCAGGUUCAGGGUCGUAUCAUAGACGUUCAAUAUUCCAGAGGAAGAGAUGAUAGACCUUCUAGAGAUACAAAUACGGGUACAUUAUAUGUUCGACCUGUAGUUAAUGACAAAGGUUUUGUAGAUCCUAAUACAGUUGAUGACUACAAACAAUUGUUUGGUGCUUACGGAGAUGUUAAGAAGGUCAGUAGUAAUCGGAAGAGAGAAGCUGAGAAAUUUGUUGAAUUCUAUGAUACACGGGGAGCAGAAGCUUCUCAAAAAGCAUUGAAUGGUUACGAUUUCAAUGGUGUAGUAUUGGAAAUUCAGUUUGCCAAUACUCAUAGUCGUACUAUUAAUGCUGACUCUAAGGUUAUGUCAAAAAAUUAUCACCCAUCGGGUGGACAUCAAACACAACAAAAUCAUGAUUGCUAUCGUUCACAAGCACUCUCUGGACCAAUAAGACAAACCAGAUUCACUAGGAAUGCGAGCCCUGAUAUAUAUGGUGAUUCUUUUAGUAGAAGAAUUCCACAGCAAUCACCUAAUGUUCCAGUGUAUACUGGAACGAGACCACCACGUCGUUAUGAUAAUAUCCGUGUCCCUACUACAGACUAUAACAAUAAUGCAACAACACAACAUUAUAACGAUAAUUUGUCAUAUCAACAUACUUCAACAAUAUCUUCUUAUCCCUCACAACCACAAGUGAAUAAUAAUAGUAGUACAGCAUCUGGUACACCAGCACUUGCAUCACUACUUGCUAAAAAUCCAAGUGCAAGUGGCAACUUAGCUGCAUCACUCAAGACACUGUUAUCAACUCUACAAGGAUCUGGCAGUAAUACCACUAGUACCACAUGUAGUACUGGUGCUAAUGAUAGCACUGGUAAUAGUUGUGAGAUUGAUACUCAAACCACAAUUAGUAGAAAUAAUUCCACGACUCCUAAUAAUGGACAAGCAAAAGUUGCUCAUAAUCCUCCAAUCCAAGCACUAAAGCCUACCUUAUCAUCGAUAUGUCCGAAUAAUAUGGCUAACUUCGAUAUUAACACUUCCCCAAACACACCUCAAAAUCAUUGGUAUAAGUAA